AUGUUGAGAAAAUUUUUAAUUCAAGGGUAUCGCUUCACUACAUCACCAACUCCUAAAAUUUCAAUUCCUUAUGCAAUAAAAAGAUCACCAACUGAAUUGCUGGAAGCUUUAAACUCAACUGUUGGUACAGAUAAAACUGCACCACAUUAUUCAUUCAUCGAUGAUCCUUUAUGCAUACCAUCAACAGAUGAUCAAAAAAAUUCUUAUUUUGUAGCAAGGGAACUCGGUAAGAGGACGGCACGCAUAUUAGCAAAAGAAUGGCCAACAUUAUUUAUGUAUGAUAUUGAUGAACCAAGACUACCAAUUUUUAGACCAAAAAAUUCUCCAGAUAUUAAGAUGUUAGAAGGUACCGAAACAGAAUUAAUUGAACUAAUAGAGGCACAAAAAGUUAAAAUAGCUGUGGAAUGUUAUGAAAAAAUAAGAGCUAAUGGUAUAGAUAUUAGUGAAAAAGUUCAAAUGGAUUUAUUUAAAUUAGUUGUUUAUUGCAAUGAAAAUGACCUUUUUGAUGAUGAAGCAGAAGAUCUUCCAUGUUUAAGAAAAACGAAAAGUGAGAUUUUACCAAAGGAGUGGGUUCAACAGGGUAUAGCUGAAUUAUUAUUUGAAACAACUGAGAAAACUCCUGAAACAUAUUCUAUUAUGAUUGCUGGACUAUGUAGAUAUUCCAGUGAUUAUUCUUUAAAAAAAGCUCAUCAAUUGUAUAAUGAAAUGCUUAACAAAAAAAUGGUUCCUUAUAUAGAGGUUUUUAAUGCUUUAAUGUCAACAUCUGGAAAAGAUUAUAUAAAAUAUUUAAAAAAAAUAAAUGAAUUAAAGAUUCAACCUAAUACUGAAACAAUGAACAGUUGUAUUUUAUGUGCAAGGAAUGGUAAAUACAACGAUAGAUUUGAUUUUAUCCAAAAAUUAAUUUUGGAAUUUAAACAAUUUAAUGUUGAACCAAAUUUUGGUACAUAUAGACUUAUUUUAAAAUACCUAACACCUGGAAAUCAUGAAAAAACACCAGAAAUUGAUUCAAUCUUUGUUUCUGUACUUGAUCAAAUUUUAAAAAGAUUAGAAAAUGCUAGUGAAAUAAAAUAUGAAAAUGUUAAUGAUGCUCAAUUUUUCAUUACAGCUUUGACUAUUGCUGUUGAUAAAAAUAAUGAAGAUUUAGUUAAAAGAGUUGAAAAAAUAUAUACUGAUAGAAAAAAUAAAGUUAAAUUUAUCAGUUUUGUUGAUGAAACUUAUUUUUAUAAACAUUAUCUUCACUAUAACAUGAUAAAACUUCCAUUGGAUGAAUUUGAAAAAAUUUAUAAAGAACAUGUUCCAAGAGUUUGUGGAGUUAAUCAAAUAAUGUCAAAAUUUCUUGUUAGUCGCCUUCUUUUAGAACCAAAAUGGAGUUUUAUUAAACGUAUUAUUGAAGAUUCGAUUGUUUCAAAUAAAAUUGCGUAUUUAGAUGUUGCUAGAAAUGUUAGAAAGUUGCUACUUACCGUUGAUGAAGAUAAAUUGUCACCUAGUGAUUUAAUUAAUUUUAGAAAGCUUUUAUUGCGUUGUUUAGAUAUAUGGGCAGAUUUUAUAAAGUUUAAUGAAGAAACUAAUCAGAUUAAGGCAGGAGCAUGUGAUGGUCAAUUUGUUGAAGAAACAAAAAAAAUGUUUUCUAAGUAUAUAGAUUAG